CCGGCAACAGGGCGGGGGUUGGAAGCUUGGGCCCAGGGUAUUCCCUGUUUGUGGCUUGUCUUAGUGCUCCCGGUCGACUUAGACAUGUCGUGUGCCCUCAGACUGUCAUUAACUCCGGGUACAGGGCAGCGAAAAUACUGGCCCAAUACCACGAAUUACCACCUAUGAUGGAUCACAGAUCAGAAACUGCCAAGCUGAGUUGUUCUGAGCUGAGCUUAGCUGAGUCUUGUACCUACCUAUGUAGCAGUCAAUAUCAAAUACCUACUCCCCGAGCGUUCCGUCCACUCUGUUGCAUCAAAACCCGCCUCUUCCCCAACUACAAACGGACUUGUUGUGUUCCCUCUUCUCCUUAUUACUCAGACGAAUCGCAUUGCAUUGUAUACAUUAUACCCUUUUGCAUUUCUUUCUUCUUGUUUGUGUUGACUUGGCAGUUGGUAUCGCUAUAUCCUGACUUACACCUUUCUCAGGCUGCCUACCAGUUAUAUCUUGGACCUCACCAACAGCGACAAGCCUUAUACUUCAUCGCCACCCUAAACUCAACUCAAUACUCGGCCGUCAAAACCUUGUUCGCCAUGGGAGUCGGUUCUUUUCUUGAGCCACUCAUCGUCGUGACUCUCCUCUUCGGGGGUGCCUACUUCAACAGAAGUAAGGACUACAAUUUCUGGACAAAUAAGUCAGGAAUCGCCAGCAUCAAGAGCUAUAAGCGUUCUGAUGAUUUACCGAAGCGAGACUCGACCGAUAGUCUCAUGAGUGGAUGGAGUGGUUCGCGAUCACCGAGUCUCGACUCAAGUUCUCAACCGGCUCUACGCCGUCGCAGGCUUCAAGUGCUUGGCUAUAAGCGCAUCGUUUCUACACCAAACACUCACAUAUUUGAGGAUCGACUUCUGAGCCGUCUUCUCAAGAAGUUGCCAUUCUUGGUCGAGUGUUGGUACUGGUUUCUUAUCUACUUUGUGUACCAGGUCGGUCGUGCCAUCACUGCAUUGACUCUCGAUGAGGGCACAGUCGAUGUCGCCCGUAGACAUGCUCUCCAAAUCAUCCACCUCGAACAACGGCUUCACAUCUUCUGGGAGAUAGACUUUCAGAAGUGGUUCCUCGCUCGACCUACUCUUCUCCACUGGAUCAACCGAAUCUACUCAUUCAUCCAUAUCCCUGGCACCAUUACCUUCCUUGUUGUCCUCUACUACUUCACCACCACCCGACAUCGCCGUUAUGCCGCUGGUCGUGUGAGAUCUGAUACGGUGGCUGCUGGUCCUGCUCUCUACGAGGCCCGUCGACGAACCAUGGCUAUGUGCAACCUCAUCGCUUUUGUUGUCUUCACCAGCUGGCCUUGCAUGCCUCCCCGUCUUUUGAGUGAUCCUGAAUACAAGGGUCCUGAUGCUGAGGAGGCCAAGAGCUUUGGCUUUGUCGACAGUGUUCACAGCGGUACUGGAGAGAGCAGUGUCUGGACCACUAACCGAUUCUGCAACCAAUAUGCUGCAAUGCCAUCUCUGCAUUUUGGUUACUCUCUCCUUGUCGGCCUUACCGUCGCCACUAUCCCUAUUACCGGCCUACGAUCUACCUCCUGGAAGCGAAUAAUCAUCGUUGCUGCGGGCAUGUCAUACCCAGUCUUGAUUCUCACUGCCAUUGUCGCCACAGCCAACCACUUCAUCCUAGAUGCCGUAGCCGGUGCUAUGGUUUGCUCUAUUGCCUGGAACUGUAACGACUUCCUCCUCAACUUUUGCAUCCUUGAGGAUUACUUCCUAUCCAUGCUUCGCCUUCACAAGCCGGUGAACUGGACCGACCCUGAAACAGCUGUCGAGCCUGAGUUCCAGACUGGUCUCCUGAGUGAAGACGUCUAAGACGCGUAAAAGAGCUUUCGAAAACGAGACCCACGAAUUUUCUUCCUAAAUAUCCGACUCCGUUAAUCCAUCUGAUUCAAGAGGGGAGCCUUUGUCUUAUUUGCAUAAGUCGUUUAAACAUUUUCAAAACAUUCACAAGGCGUUCCAUGUCUGGACAGGAAUGUAGUCUGUGGACGUAGUGUUAAGUUUGGCGACGGUGGCAUGUUGUUAAUUUGAAGGAGUCGGGCCAUUGAUAUUCGGAACAGUGGGGAAAUUUAGACGUGCGCAGAAAGGGGUUCAGUAUACCAACGCCAUACGAUCGGGUAAAUAAGCUGAUACCAAUAAUACUAUCAAAAAGAAUAUUAUACUCUGUACAUUAAGUGAGACUGGCUGCCGACACAUUCUAAUGUACUUGAUAUGCCCUGAGUUCAAUGCUUAUGAGCGUUGACGAAAUAGAAUGAAAGUGAUAUGUCCUAUGCUCUUAG